AACUUUCUCAGUUUGUUCUGUUUUUGGGGGAGACGGUUCAUGUUUUCGGUCCGCUCCGCUUGAAUUUCGAGUCAUCGGUAUGGAGAAGGAACCUCGGCGCCAUCGUCAAUCUAGGAGGUGUUCGGUAUGUCGUCUGCCUGUGAAGGGACAUCCGGGCCCGUGCGGUCCAGGGAAAUGCCAGUACGAAAGAGGGAAGGGAGCGUCAGACUCGGACGCGUACUUUUCCCGCCUGAAGGACACGGUUCGACAUCUGAGGAAGGAGAGCAAGGUGGACGAGAUUGCGCGGCGGGUAUGGUCCGAGAGCACAUCGGAUGAGUCAGAAGACGUCCUGACGCCCCGGCCCCGUUCUUUGCCGGUCAAGACAGCAGACCUGUCUCCGAGACGGGUGGACGGGAACCAGGCUCGACACGCGAGGGCUUACAGUGAGCCACCAGAAGUUCCACGCCUGAAGUCUGCGUUCACGAGCGGUCAGGAGUCGCCGGCGACAUCAAAGACAUCAAAGAAAGAAUCGGACUCGGAGCAGUAUACUGUGAGGGAUCUACGGGCGUCGAAGAAGUUGGUGAGAGAAGUAGACCAAGUGCUGGAGGGUUUACUGGAGCCAACGUCUCGUGCAAGGGGCAAGAUUGCUGAGAAACGAGGAAACCACCGCUCCAGCUCCACAUCGUCAUGGGGCAGUAACAGUAGCGCUAGCAGUGAAGAAGAUCGGCCGCACAGAGCACGCUCGACUCGUUCGCGGCGUUCUAGGCAACGUAGACGGCACAGGAAGCGGAGCAACAGCAGAGACAAGCGGCAUAGAAAGACGGAGCAACAGCAGAGGCAAGCGGCACAGAAAGCGGAGCGACAGCAGAGAAAAGCGGCACAGAAACGGAGCGACAGCAGAGAAAAGCGGCACAGAAAACGGAGCGACAGCAGAGAAAGGCGGCACAGAAAGCGGAGCGACAACAGAGAAACGCGACACAGAAAACGGAGCGACAACAGAGGAAGGUCGAGAGCUGCUUCAUCGCGUAAACGGGGAGAAAGGAGUCGCAAGAAUCGGUCCAGUUCGGACAGUUCGUCGUCCCAGUCGCGUUCAAGAGACAGGCGUCAAAAGAAAG